CGUUUUGACAUUUUCGUAUUUCGUAAUGUUAUCUAAUUGUUUCUAACCUCUGCAACCUAUGACAAAAUUUCGUAAUUCUAAAUCCAACAAUGGCUUAUGACCUACAAAAAGAAGAAGAUGUUAAGCAAUACAUUGAAAAUUUAGGGAUUGAAUAUAGAUUCGGCUGUUAUCAUGAAAAGAAAUCGGAAGUUUGUCAUCUAUUGGCUGAUUACUUAGAGGCAAUAAAAAAGGAUUAUAAAAAAGCUGCUACUGUUUAUAAAACCAACUGUAUGGACUAUAAGUAUGGUAAAUCGUGUACUAAAUAUGGGAAUUAUGCACUUAUCGGUCGCGGAAAAGACAAGCCCGAUUCCAAAGAAGCAUUGGAAUAUUUUGAAAAAGGUUGUGAAUUAAAUGAUCCUACAUCAUGUCUGCAUGCUGGGGUACUUCUUACUGCUACUGGACCCGGAGUUACUGUUCAAAGGGAUGUUCCCAAAGGUUACAACUAUUUAAAGAAAAGCUGCGAUGCCAGAGAUGAUAUGGCAUGCCAUUACCUGUCAGGAAUGUAUCUAACUGGUGUACCAAAAAAUGUAGCCGAUUUCAAUCCACACAAUCCGGAGAAAAAUAAAAACAUAGAUUAUUUAAUAAAGCCAGAUCCAAAACAAGCAUUUGAUCUUGCAAUGAAAGGCUGCGAAUAUGGUAAUUUAUUUGCAUGUGCUAAUGUCAGCUUGAUGUAUAAAAAAGGUGAUGGAGUGGAACAGGAUUUGGAGAAAUCAAAGAAAUUCUUUCAGUUGGCUCAAAGUUUGAAAAAUGCUCAUGAGACAACUAAAGAAAUCAAGUUUCAACAAGGUUUGGAGGAUAAGCAGUAGAUUUGUGGUAGAAAAUCCAAUGUUGGCAUUUAAAUUGGUGUUGUGUUGUAAUAGUCAUCACUGUAAAGUAGCUAUCGGUGAAUUGUAAUUGUGUAUUUCAACCAACAAAUUGCAUUUAUAAGAUAUCAAUAUAGUUUUUUUUUUCUCUGAUAGUUUUCAAUGAAUUAUUGUAUCUUAAACUGUAAAUGUCUGAGACCAAAAUGACUG